UGAUUCUGUGAUUGAGCAUUGCACGCGGCGGUUUAACCUCUGUUCGCUCCCGACAGAAUCCCAUGUAUUCGUCCCAAAAAGUUUAAUAUCGGUUUCCACGGUGUGGAUUUAGUGUUUUGAGUGUUCAGUGUACGUCUUAAAGUGAUAAUCGUCGUCGGCCCCGUCGUUUUUCCCCGUUCACGCCGGUAUGGAGGCAGGAUGGGCCCGGAUGGUCCGCGGUGUAAGCGGGGGGAAGCCGAUUUUUUUGGUAUCGGUCAGAAUCGUUUUUUGCUAGUUGAGCAAAUUAUUGGUUAUUUUUUUUCUUUGUACGUGGUGGUCAUUGACCAGAAGCGAAAAUCCUCGACGGAAGUCGGCAAUGGGCGAAUGAUCCUAGCAGUCGAGCCCAACAUUUUUUGUGAAACGCCUAAUUGAUUUGAAGGUCUAAGGUUAUGUUGGAUUUUGUUGUGUGUAUAAAUUUUCUUAAAGUUUUGAAACUGGAGGAAAAGACCAAAGUCAUAUUCAAAUGGAAAUUUCUACGAACGACGAAAACCCAGACUAUGAAAGCAUUUACUUACAAUGUCAGCAAGAUCUGGAAAAACUUAAAUUCGAAGAAAAAACUUUAUUGGACGAUUUAAAUGCUAUGCUAAGUCAGAAAACAUAUAUAGAAAGCAAAAUAAAUGAAAUAUCCAAAGUAAUUCCAACUCUUAAAGUUAUGAAGCAAAAUGCUGAAGAAUUAGUUUCAACCGUUAAUGAAAUAUCUGAGAGUUCUGAAAAAAUAAGUGGCAAAAUUCGUACUCUGGACACUGUUAGAAACCGUGUUGAUGAAUGUAUGCUUCGUGUGAAUGAUUUAAUAGAUCUUGAAGUCUGUUCUCAAGGUGUUCAGGCUGCAAUAUUGGAUAUGGAUUAUGAAAAGGGGGCUGCCCAUAUUCAUCGGUUUCUGUCAAUGGAUCAGACUUUACUUCAAAGAACUGCUAAUGAUAUGGAUAAUGUGUCCAAUAUGCUCAAGUCUGUGAGAACUCUCCAAGAUGCAACAGCUCAAUUGAGGGCAAUAGUGGAACACAAGUUUACCGAAGCUGUCAAUAAUGAGGACUUAGCUUUAAUUGAGAAAUUUUUUAAAAUAUUUCCCUUGCUUGGAAUGCACGCUGAAGGUGUGCGAGAAUUCUGUACCUAUUUGAGAACUAAAGUGGCUGAAACUGCUGAUAAAAAUUUAAAAUCUGCAAUGACUAUGCCAUUAGCAGAUAAACGUCAUGCCAUUAUAUAUGCAGAUACUCUUACUUUCCUAUUUGAAGGCCUAGCGAGAAUAAUAGAUUCCCACCAACCCUUAUUAGAAACUUACUAUGGACCAGGCAAGAUGUUGCCGACAGUAGAUAUUUUACAAAAGGAAUGUGAUAAGCAAGUUAAGCGCCUUCUUUCUGAAUGGAUGAAAGCAAGAAAACUUAAAGAAAAAUUGCAGGUUAUUACUGAUCUUUCGAGAAUGAAUCCUACUGCUAGCUUUGGUAAACUGGAAAAGAUUGAUCCCAAGGAUUUGGACAUAUUGAUAGGGGAAACAACUCUAAUGCACUUCCGUUGUGAGCUUUAUAUCAAGUUUAUCAACAGAAAAGUGGCUGCCGACAUUGAAAUUAGCACACCUGAUGCAGUGCAAAAAGAAAAGUCCUUAAAAUUAUUGGAACAAUUAAUUGUCAACAGUGAUUUAAGUCAAUGUAAACAUGAACUUUUGUCUUACUAUUUAAAAUUUGAGCAAUAUUUUAUGGAAGAAUCAGUAAUCAAAGCUAUUAAUAUGGAUUGUUUAGAUCCCUCCCAACAGAUUUCUAGUAUGGUAGACGAUACUUUUUUUAUAGUCAGAAAAUGCAUUAGACGGUCCAUAUCAACAGGUAGUUUAGACGGAAUAUGUGUAAUAAUUAAUAACGCCUGUCGCGUAUUGGAGAACAAUUUUUGUGAUAAUUUAAAGAUGAGAUUGAAGCAAGGAUACCCAUCUGGAUAUUUAGAUCUAACGCAGGCCUAUAAUGUACUUCAAACUUCAAUUCAACAGGGACGGUUGCAAUCGGGAGAUACAGAACAGGCGCGCACGGCUUUUAUAAUGGCUUUAAACAAUGCAGAUACAAGUACUGAAUAUGUGGAAGCGCUGUGCGACAGCAUUCUAAAAGAAAUAGAAUCCGCGUGGCCCCGCAUGAACCCCAACCAGAGAGGUAAACUAGAAAGCUGCCUCUCGGGAUUGUCAUCAGUCGUAGUAAAUCUCAAAAGUAUCAUCAAUUAUGGUAUGCAGCAACUUGGUUCUACUGCCAUCAAACCGCGAAUCACCCCUUGGGUAGACAGUUUCCUAAAUUAUAGCCAUGAUCUGACAGAAGAUGAAUUGUCAGAGUAUGAAGCUGGAGAGUCGUUUGCUCAAACGUUAAUAAUGAACUUGGAGACACUGUUAUCUUCGUUUCGUGAUAUUUUGACACCUUCUAACCAUGAAAAUUUCACUGAAGUUCUUACAACAGAAGUGACGCAAAGGAUGGAGAAAGCUGUAAUGAAAAGUACAUUUAAUAGGCUCGGCGGGUUGGUAUUGGAUAAGGAAAUUCGAUCAUUGUCGGGAUAUAUCACGGCCGCCACCAACUUUUCGGUUCGCGAUAAAUUUGCAAGAUUAAGUCAAAUUGCGACAGUAUUAAAUCUGGAACAAGUUAGCGAGAUUUACGAUUAUUGGGGCGACCACGAUGGCGCUCUGACUUGGAGGCUGACUCCCACCGAAAUUAAAAAUAUUAUGAAACUGAGGAGCGAUCUGCGACAGGAGGAAAUUAAAAGAUUAAAGUUGUAAUUAGUAGUUGGAGUUCUUGCAACUAUAUAUGUAUAUUCCUUUAAUAAAAAGUUGUAUAUGCCUCGCAUUUUCUUUAUUUUAUGUUU